UGUUCCGCGCUGGGUUUUCUCACAUCACCAUUAAAUGAUUUGAAGUUGGCAGCGUUUGCACCUAUACUGUGCCUGAAAUCAGAUCAUUAAUUCGUGUGGGAACUUUGGUUCAUCUGUGAAACUGAGCACGAGUGGCAACUACAAUAGUUCUCUGAGAUUUAAUCAACUUAUUUCCAGAUUCUGAAAAUUUCUUCCGCUGUUGUGAAACUUCCUUUGACGGCGCCGAGUCGAAGAAAAAUUGUAAUAAAAUCCAACGAGAUAAUCCAGUAAACCUCAAAAUGUCAGUGAUUGGAAUUGAUUUUGGAAAUGAUUCGUCAUAUGUGGCGGUCGCCAAAGCAGGAGGCAUCGAGACCAUCGCCAACGACUACAGUUUGCGGGCCACACCAUCGUUCGUGGCAUUCGCAGGACGUAAUCGUGUACUUGGUGUUGCUGCCAAAAAUCAACAAGUCACUAACAUGAACAAUACUAUUGGCAACUUUAAGGAGUUGCUUGGCCGUAAGUUCGACGAUCCUCGUGCGCAGGAAGAACUUCGUUCAUUACCGUACCAUACGGAGGCUUUACAAGAUGGUGGUAUCGGAAUAAGAGUCAACUAUUUGGAUGAAGAGCACGUAUUUAGUCCGGAGCAAAUCACGGCAAUGUUAUUCACCAAGUUAAAGGAAGACGCAUUUAAAGAGCUUAAGACUCAAAUCAACGACUGUGUAAUCACCGUACCAUCUUAUUUCACAAAUGCUCAACGUCAAGCCCUUCUUGAUGCGGCAAACAUAUCCGGGCUUAAUGUAUUGCGACUUAUGAAUGAAACUACGGCCACUGCUUUAAGCUAUGGUUUCUACAAACAAGAUUUGCCAGCUCCAGAGGAAAAGCCGCGCAAUGUUAUCUUCGUCGAUUGUGGUCAUGCCUCGUUACAAGUAUCAGCGUGUGCUUUUCAUAAGGGCAAUCUCAAAAUGUUGGCCAGCUGUUCUGAUUCUGUCGGGGGACGUGAUUUCGAUUUAGUCCUCGCAACUCAUUUUAAUAAGGAGUUUCAGACUAAGUACAAGAUUGAUGCUUCAUCAAAGAAAAGAGCUUUUCUGCGUUUGAUGGCGGAAGUUGAAAAACUAAAGAAAAAUAUGUCAGCUAACAGCACAAAGCUUCCGUUAAACAUCGAAUGUUUUAUGAACGAGAUAGAUGUCCAUUCUUCAAUGCAGCGUUCUGAAAUGGAAGAACUUUCGAGUCAUUUGUUCAAGCGAAUCGAGACAACAAUGCGUAAGUUACUGCUUGAUUCUAAGCUUGCGUUAGAAGAAAUCCAUUCGGUGGAAAUCGUUGGUGGAAGCAGUCGCAUUCCCGCCAUAAAGCAUUUAAUCGAACAAAUUUUUGGCAAGCCUGCUAGCACUACUCUAAAUCAAGACGAAGCUGUGUCCCGUGGUGCAGCCUUGCAGUGUGCUAUCCUUUCACCUGCAGUUCGUGUUCGUGAAUUUAGUUGCACGGAUGUUCAGGCCUAUCCAGUCUUGAUAUCCUGGACCGAUACCGAUGGCCCUCAUGAAAUGAAGGUGUUUGAGCAAUAUCAUGCGGCUCCAUUUUGUAGAUUGUUGACCGUUCAUCGCAAGGAACCAAUGACGAUUAAGGUGCAUUAUGAGCCGAAUAGCAUUCCCUAUCCAGAUCCGUUUAUUGGCACAUACCAUGUGAAGGGUAUUAAGCCCGACGCAAAUGGUGAAGCACAAGAAGUGAAAGUAAAGGUUCGCAUUAAUAAUAAUGGCAUUAUUACGGUGUCAAGUGCAACAAUGUACGAACGCAAGGAAAGUGAAGAACCGUCGUCACCUACACCAACCAGUAAUGGAGAUCAACAGAAGACAGGUGAUGCUAAUCAAUCGUCACCGCAAGGAGAUGAGUCUGGCAAGGUUGGAGAACCAAUGGACAUACAAGAGGGUAGCGAUGAUGAGCAUCCUAAAAAAGACUCGAAACCCAACGAUAGUAGUGGAGAGGGUUGGACGCAACGUGUCACCAGAUGGUUCACAUCGGAUAAAAAGAAAAAAGUUACGACUAAACAAGUUGAAUUAACAAUUGAUUCUAAUACACACGGAUUUGUGCAUACAGAGCUAUGUAAAUAUUUUGAAGAAGAGAUGAAAAUGAUUGCAAAUGACCGUCAGGAAAAAGAACGUAUUGAUGCUCGUAACGCCCUUGAGGAGCAGGUGUAUGAAAUUCGUGAAAAAAUUCAAGAAGAUGGCGCAUUGCACGAUUACAUCGAUCCGCAAGACGCGUCGGCAAUUUGUCGGGAGUUAGAAGAAACUGAAAAUUGGCUCUAUGAGGAAGGCGAGUCUUGCGAAAAAGGUGUAUAUAAAGAACGUCUUGAAAAGAUGCGUGCUAAGAUCGACCCGGUUCGAAACCGUUGUGAAGAGUUCAAUGGCCAAGAACAGGCAUUUACAGACCUAGGACAUGCUGUUCAACAAACUUUAAAAGCAGUCGAGCAAUAUCGUGCAAAAGAACCAAAGUAUGAACAUCUUACAGAAACUGAAAUGAUAAAUAUUACUGAGGCUGCACAAAAAGCACAGAAAUGGUACGAAGAGGCGCGAUCGAAAUUGGUCGGUGCUCGCAAAACCGAGGAUCCACCGGUGAAACUUGCUGACAUUCGCCAUGAAACGGUAACCCUAACUACGUGCACGAACUCCGUUUUGAACCGACCUAAACCGAAACCCCCGACCCCACCUGCAGAUCAAAACCAGCAAAACGGUUCUUCUGCAACCGAUGCUGCCAGCCAAGAUACACAAGCGCCAGGGAAUGAUAAUCAAGAUUCUAAUACACCGAAACAAACCACAGAAGAUUCUAUGGAUGUGGAGUAAACUCACCAUCUCAUUUGAUAGCGUUUAACCAACCCUUAGCACAUUUGAAAUGCUAGCAUGAAUUAACUUACGUUUUUAUGUUAGUAGGCUAAUGUUUCUUUUAUCACGCGUGUGAAUGAUUUAGUGGUCACAUUGUUUUCCGAAGAAAUAGUGCGAGAACAUACCUUUUAUUCUUUAAGCUCAUUACCAUCAGAACAUUGCACUAUAGCUUUAGUUGUAAAACUUCAGAAUUAUCAGGCCUCAUUCAGGAAAUGUAUUAAAAAUUCUAGCACCCAACAUAGGAUUACUUUGCUUGCAUAUAAAUGAGAAUGAGUGCUAGAAACCGAAAAUCCCUUACAAACAGCUGUUUACUAUUACUGUGCAAAUAUUAUUACUUUGAACCGUUCCAGUUCGAAUCAGAGCAAAUCUAUAAUUUUUCAUUGGAUAUUUUGAAUGUAACAUUUACAACAAGCUUUGAGAUUUCAAGUGAAAUAUACUUGAUACUUAAAUGUGGUAAGCAAAGCUAACAUAAAUAACUACCAGUGUACUUUCGAAGUUUGACAACAAGCCGACAAUUUUUCCCCAUUUGUGUUUGUAGGAGAAUGCCUUCCUAUAACAUUUAGUUGAUUGGAAAAGUAGGACCUUAUUUACAACUUUUCUUUGUGUAUUCGAACGAGCAUAAUAAAGUACUAAAUUCAACUCAGAAUGAAAA